GUGCGGUGGAAGAAGGAGGUAUUGGGGAUCUCCUCCUAGACAACAAGCCCACAUUCAAAGAGGGGCACACAAAUUACAUCACGGUCGGUGCGGGGGAUAUAACAGAGGUCGCCGGUUACGCUCAGCGCUUUUUCUGCAGAGGAGACAACGGAAGCACCAUGCCAAGCACGCGCUCACGGAACACGAGGCGAGAUCUGAGCUUUGGCACGCAAUCCGCUGUAAACCGUAGCCUCUACUGAUGCGGCAUCCCGUGCAUUUUUUUGUUCACUACGUGUUUUAUAAUGGGAAACUGUGAAUUCUAAUAGACAUUCGGUACGCUCCACCUGCGGCUCACGCGUAAUUGCGCACAAGAAAGUGGCUUUGAAGCAACUCCGUGCGCGCACUCAACCCACCGCUGGAUCGUCUGACAUGGAUCAGUACCAUCAGUGUGUAACCAUGUAUCUUCUGGUCCUGUCUCUCGGACUUAUCGUCAGGGGAAGUUGUCAGCACUACUACCUUCUCCGUCCCAUCCCGAGUGACAGUUUGCCUCUUGUGGAGUUAAAAGAGGACCCGGACCCCAUCUUCGACCCGAAGGAGCGGGACCUUAACGAGACGGAGCUGAAGAAUCAACUGGGAGAGUUUGACGAUGAACGUUUGUCAAUUUUGCCGCCACCGGACUUUAAAUACAUCGGCAACGACGAGCUGGAUCACCCGGAGACCAAGAAAUCCGGCGGCGUGCUGCCGAAGGAAGUCGGAGCGGUGGAUUUUGACGUGCAAUUCGGCAAGAAGCACAAACCCAACAAAAAACUGAAGCGAAGGCUGCAGCAGUGGCUGUUGGCGUACUCUGCUUGUCCGGUCCUGCACACCUGGACCGACCUCGGGAGCAGGUUCUGGCCGCGGUUCGUGCGAGCAGGCGGCUGCCUGAGCAAAAGGUCGUGUUCGAUUCCGGAGGGGAUGGUGUGUAAACCUUCCAACUCGACCCACUUGACUAUACUGAGAUGGAGAUGCAUACAGAGGAAAGGACUGAAAUGCUCGUGGAUACCGGUGCAGUACCCGAUCAUCACAGAGUGCAAGUGUUCAUGUUCCAGUUAAGACUCGGAAAGGAGGCAAAAAUAAGUUAUAAGCUUAAUAAUUUUGAUCUUUCACGUGCACUACCAAGUGUAGGAAUGUAUUUUCUGUAUAUGCGGUGCCAUACAAUUUUAUAUAACUCCUUGUACAGUCAGUAUUAGUUGUAACCAGAGUCUACUUUAUUUGUGGAGAAUAUUGUUUUUUUAUUUUGUAUUUAUGGAGUUAUGGUUCAGAGAGCCAUGCAAGGACUGUUUUUCAUAUUUGGAUGAAACAGAUUAACCUUAGAGUUCAAAAUGGAUAAUUGAUACAGUUGUGUAUCUGUGAUUGUUUUAUCCUGUAAAUUAAGGAAAGUUGCUAUUUAUUCUUUAUAUUCAUACAAUAAAACAUCACUGAACUCAUUUGAAA